CCCUCUCUAUCUUCUGAUCACUCCCCUCUAUGGAUUACUCUUGACAAUCACUAUAAGAGAAGGAAUCGAGGCAGAAAGAGAUUCCGGUUUGAAGAUAUGUGGCUUCGAGAUCCUGGGUGUACUGAAAUAGUAAAAUUUAGUUGGAGCUCUAUUGUACGUGAAGGGAACUGGAACUGUCUACUGCAAAAAAUCAAUGUCUGCUCCAUAAAUCUCCAGGGUUGGAACACUUCUCAUUUUGGUCAUGUGCAAACACAACUUAAGCAAUGCAUAGAGAGCCUCGAAUCUUUGAGAAACAAAUCCCCCUCAAUCACAGCUCAAGAUGAAGAGAAGAAGGUGCUUGCAGAAACGGAGGAAUGGCUAGAAAGGGAAAAGCUUAUGUGGCGACAGCGUUCAAGAGAAAUAUGGUUGCAGGAGGGGGACCGGAACACGCGAUUCUUUCACAGGAGGGCAUCUAAAAGACGAGAUAGAAAUAAGGUAGAGAAAUUGAUGAAUGCAGAAGGUGAAUGGAAGUAUGAAUUUGCAGAGUUGCAGAGCAUAGCCACAAGUUAUUUCUCUUCCCUAUUUUCAUCUAUCUCCCCUAAUAAUAUUGAACAAGUGACCUCCUGUUUAAGCCCUCGGGUCUCUGAAGCUGAUAAUGCUUUCCUGCUCCAAAUGUUCACGGAAACAGAGAUCAAGAAGGCCUUGCAUCAAAUGCAUCCUUCAAAGGCCCCCGGACCGGAUGGGCUUUCACCGGGUUUUUUCCAACACUUUUGGGAUGUGGUGAAGGACGAUGUUGUACAGCCAUGUCUAGAGUUCUUAAACCAUAGAGGUGUGCUUCCGUCGGAGCCGAAUUUCACCCAUAUUGUGCUCAUCCCAAAGUGUAAUGAACCCAGAACUAUGGCUGACUUGCGGCCAAUUAGCCUUUGUAAUGUCAUUUACAGGAUUAUAGCAAAGGUCAUAGCCAACAGAUUUAAGAUGUAUAUGAGAACUAGGAAGGCAAGGAAGCGGGGUUGGCAGGCUGUUAAGUUGGAUAUGAGCAAGGCUUUUGAUCGGAUCGAAUGGCCAUACUUAGAGCAAGUUAUGCGAGCUGUUGGUUUUGCUGAAGGUUGGAUCAGGAUAAUCAUGAGCUGUGUCUCCUCAGUCAGAUAUGAGGUUUUGUUAAAUGGUAGAGCAGCAGGGCAGAUCACUCCUACUCGGGGCUUGAGGCAAGGCGAUCCACUAUCGCCUUACUUAUUUAUUUUAUGUGCAGAAGGCCUCACCGCCAUGCUAACUGAAGCUGUAAGUAGGAAAAGUUUGCAUAGCAUCCAGAUAUGUCGGCGUGCGCCUAAAAUUUCCCACUUGUUCUUUGCUGAUGAUAGCUUCCUUUUCUUGCGUGCUACUGAGACUAAGGCAGCUAAUUUAACGACUAUUCUACGGAGUUAUGAGUCUGCUUCUGGCCAAGUGAUCAAUCUGCAAAAAUCCUCCAUUACUUUUAGCAGCAACGUACAACAAAGUGCGUGUAGUCGUAUCUCUCAAAUCUUGGGCAUGACAGAGGUUGAGCAACCAGGUAGAUAUCUCGGUUUCCCUACUUAUAUUGGUAGAUCGAGAACAACUAUUUUUGCAGGCCUAAAGAGCAAGUUUUGGGCACGGAUAAGUGAGUGGAAAGAACAGCCGCUAUUUAGAGCAGGGCGCGAAAUUCUCAUAAAAUCAGUGUUACAGUCUCUCCCAACUUAUGUGAUGAAUUUGUUUCUUCUGCCUGUAACUUUAUGCACAGAGCUGGAGCAUAUCUUGAAUAGAUACUGGUGGGGAGGAGGGGAAGAUGAACAUAAGAUCCAUUGGAUGCAAUGGAGGAAGCUCACGACCUCGAAGAAAGCAGGAGGAUUAGGCUUCCGAGCUAUGCGUGAAUUCAACCUGUCUAUGCUCGAGAAGCAGGGCUGGAGGUUGUUGACAUGUCCUGAUUCCUUGGCAACGAGGUACAUGAAGGCCAAAUAUUUUCCUCGUACGGAUUUUUUACAUGCAGAACUCAAAUCUCCUUGUAGUGUUACGUGGAGGAGCAUCUGGUAUUGCUCUAACUUACUAAAGCAAGGCUGUAGGCGAUUGAUUGGUGAUGGUCGCAGUACUGAGAUUUGGAAUGACCCAUGGCUUCCAAGUAAUGAGCAAUUCUAUGUCCAGUCGCCACGGCCUGAAGGUUGUACCCUUCGUUAUGUAAGUGAGCUAAUUGAUGAAGAGACAAACUCAUGGAGGAGGGAUUUGGUUCUCGAGACCUUCAAUGCACAUGAAGCCCAACUGAUAUUAGCAAUGCCGUUGAGUUGGUUACGAUGGGAGGAUAACUGGUUGUGGCAUUUCACCAAACAUGGCAGUUAUACAGUAUGAUCUGGGUGAAUGACUUUGCAAAUUUUUUUGAUAACACAGCUUGUAUUUUGGGGAAAGAGCAACUUGAACUCUUCUGCUUGUUGUGUUGGAAUUUAUGGAAUGGCCGGAAUGAUGCUCUAUGGAACAGAAAUGGCAUUAAUCCACAGCAAAUCAUUCAACGAACCUUGUCCUUUAUGGCAGAAUACAGGCAAUCUGUAUUA